AUGGAGGGUCCGAGAAAGAGCAGCGAGGACUGCAACGGCGACGGCGACGGCGACGGCGACAGCGUCCGCGGAAGAAGAGUGAAAGGGAAAGCAGUACUGGACAUACCGACGGUGGCGCACGGCGCCGAGAAGCUGGAGAGCUCGCCGCGGCCUUCGAAAAAGAUCAAGAGCCCGGAUCAUGACCUCCACCGACCCAACCUCAUUUGCCGAUCACGUUCGAUUCUCUUCCCUUCGCUGCCGAUCUCACCUUUCGCAUUCGAAGCGCCUCGGUCGGAUUCCGACGCGCGAGCGCUGCUGCAGCAGCAGAUGAUCUCGUUCGGAGCCGUGAAUUCUCCGCCCUUUCAUUCGGGAUUGGUGUCUGAUCAGCUGGUGCUGCUGCGACGCUGGAGCGAGGCUCUCAACCUCAGCCCCCGCGGCGGUGCGGGGCUGAUGCAGCAGUUUGGAACGCCGCCGCGGCCUCCGCAGAAGCUGUACCGCGGGGUGCGGCAGCGGCAGUGGGGGAAGUGGGUGGCGGAGAUUCGGCUCCCGCGCAGCCGCUCCCGGCGACUCUGGCUCGGGACCUUCGACACCGCCGAGGACGCCGCCCUCGCCUACGACCGCGAGGCCUUCAAGCUGCGCGGCGAGAGCGCGCGCCUCAACUUCCCCGGCCUCUUCCUCUGCAGUGCGAGCGCACCGUCGUCGUCGCUGUCGUCAUCGUCAGCGCCUGCUCCGUCGGCUCCGAGCACUGUUGCAGUCGAAGGCCGUGCGGAGAGCGUCGGCGGAACGGCGGAAACGGACGGAGGAGGGAGUGAUCAGUUGGCGUGGGGGGAGGGGGAGGUGGAGGCGUGGUUCAGCGCGUGGGGGCCGGGGAGCUCGGUGUGGGACGACGUCGACUGGGCCAACAGGUUGCUCCGCCAGUCGCGCCUCGCCGCAGCCGCUGAAUCUGAGUCGGUGCGUUCCGAUGCCGCUCCUGCAGCAUCAGCAACGACGGCAGCAGCAGCAGCAGCAAGCCAGGAUAUUAAUAGCGCUUCUUCUUCUGACCCUACCGACACCGUUACAACAUAGAGUUCUAGUAGCAACAGCAAUCUUACUCGGUUACUUCUAUGUGUUGGGCGCGCUAGACAAACUAUCAUAUGUCUGUUUUUGUAAAGCAGCACCAAAUAGGCCUUGUAGACCACACCUGCUUGUUUUGCUUUAGAUUUGUCAAAUCACAGGUUUAAGGUUUUUAAUGCUAAUUACUCGUGACAAUAGAAUCAUCUCAAAUCCACAUGUCAAAGAUUAGGACUCCUCCAUGUUUCCUCUAUUCCUUACGCGCCUCCAUUUCCUCUCAUCUUCUUAUUUUCAUUUAUAUUCACCUCUUCAUUCUCUUUGUA